AUGUCAACAACACUUCUGUGGGUACCAACAACAACCACAAACUCAAACCGCAAUAAUUCUCAUAUCGCAUCGACUGUUGACCACCGGGACCUUGAAUGCAUUCUUUCUGAAACCAGUAGUACCACUAGUCCCAUCACCACAAGCACCAUCACUACCACAAGCACUAUCACGAGCAGCUCUCCAAAUCUUAUCAACCCUCAAACGGUAGUACUUUCAGACCUUUCCUUGCUUGCCUUUCCAGCUGUUGCCUCUUUCACAAUGAAUGAACACACUUCGUCGGCAUCGUCGUCGUCGCAUCUCUGCAGUCGUUCCACUGACAAUCAUGACCCCACCAACAACAACAAGGCGACCAGCAGUAAUGGAUGCGUCCUGAUGACUUCUGCAAGUUCAGAUCCAACGAAGAAGAGAUUCAAUGCUGCCUCCAUCUUUAGUCAGAACUACGAUGAGGAGGAAUCGAAACAAAAUGAAUGCACCUUCUCUUGGGCGCCCAACCACAACAAGAACAACUCACUCUUGAAUGGCCUGAAUAAUGUAGAGAGGUAUUUCGACUCGACGACGAGGGCGACGCAUCAUGAAGAGGAUAUCUAUGAUGAUCGCCAGCCACAGGUUGUAUAUGGCUCUAUUCCACUCUGCUCUGAAUCAUCUUCUCACAGUCGUCCGUCUCAUGGAAUUCGUUCAACAACGAAUAACCAGCAGCUGGUGAUUGGUCAGGACCAACUGAUUGGCUUGACUCAAUACUUGGAGAGUGCUCUUCUCUCUCAACCUCUCCUGUUGUUGGGAGCAGGAGCAGGAGGACAUGCAAGAACCAAUGAUAACAUCCAAAGGAGUGGUGAUUGUGGUGGUGGUGAUGGUGAUUCUACUACCACUAUGACGACCUUAUUGAAUUCUUGGCUUGGAGAACAAGUAACACGUUCAGGGUCAUCCUUCUCCUCUUCCUUGUUGGGUAACAUUCAGGAUCUUCCUAUUGCUACUACUGCUUCCACAACAUCCAACAUGUUUACCAACCGAUCUGCCCAUGCAAACAUGUUUGGAUUGGCUGGCCAUCAUCCACACCAAGAACAACAACAACAACAACUUGUUGGCAAUAUGCAGAAUCAACAACAACUCUUGAUGAUGCUUUCCUCUCUCUUACCCGAUCAUGUAUUGUUGAAUAGACUUUUCUCUAACUCAACCACAUUGAAUUCCAGCCAAAACAGUCAUCAUCCAAUCAUGACCAACAACACGAACGAACAACAUCAUCAGAAGAAGCAACCACAGCCGUCCACCCUGAGUCAACCCAACAACAAGACUUUAACCUUAAUAACCACCGCUUGUACAACGAAACAACAACAAGGCAGGGCCACCUCUCCACCCACCCCAGAAGAAAUCAAUAGUGUGUGUGCCGAUAUUGAUGAAGCCUUGAAGGAUUGUCCAUCCUCUUUGGGUUUAAUUUGGUCGUCCAAUUCAAAGCAUCAAGCUAAGGUUCCAUCCAUAAUAACGAUGACAGGAUCUUCGACACUCUCCCAAUCAUCUUCGUCCUCUUCUUCAUCUCCUCCUUGCUCAUCACCUCUUUUGGUUGGCUUAAUGAAUACAAGAAGCUCUGGAUCUCCUCCACCUCUCGUGAAUUUAAGCUCCUCCCUCAAUGCAACCACAACAACCUCUUGCUCUUCGACUGUUCGUACCUCUCCAUCAUCACCAUCAUCCUCACCAUUGAGAGUGGAGAACCAAACUACUUUGUCAAAAACUGAUGGAUCUACCAAGACAAAGAAGCAAAAGAAGCAAGGUGUCAAGAGAAAGAGCAAGGCUGAUCGAGAAGUGGAUGAUGAAGAUCCCGCAGUAGAUCAUCACCACGAAGAAGAUGAUUCCUCAAGCAAGAAAAAGAAGAAGAAAAAGACAUCAUGUACUCUAAAAACAACAACAACAACAAAACGAAACACUUCGAAGAAAGGUCAAGCUGCCUCAAGUGCUUCGUCACCCACAACAGGUGGUGCAUCAACAUCUGCUGCUUCUCCUCUCACUACCAAUGGCCCAACAGAAUGUGUAUCAUUCUCCAUGCCAAUGAUUAUUCAAGAGAAUAUCAUGAUGACCACCAUCGCAUCGAACGCCCAUGUACAACCACAUCCACCUCGUACGACAGACCGAAGAAGAAAAUACAGAGUGAGAUUUGGGCCAAACAUGUUUGAUGAGAUUAAUUGCAAAUCAAGUGCUACCUCUUCUAGAAAAUAUUACAGAAUUGAAAGGAAGGAAUAA